AGUCGCAGAACAGGCGUAGUGCCGCUCAGACAUGGUGAUCUUGUGACACGUGGUUGUUUGGCAGGGUUCAAGAUCAAGUUAACGGUGCGUUGUCGUCUGGCUAUAUUAAAACAAACGCGCGCGAGUGAGAUGCAAGUAUGCGAGAAAUAGACGCCACCAAUACAAAUACACACGCAUUAAAACCACAAAGUGCAUUUAAAGAAACGUUUUGAUUUUAUUGUGGUCAUGAAUAUUAAUGGAAGUGUAGCUAAAAUUAAAGAGUAUUUGAGAACAGAGCAUGUAAUUUCAAAAAUAACAAGAGGAAGCAGUAAAAGUGACAAGUGCCAAAGGUGUUAACCAAAGUCGCAGACGUUGAAACCAAAACAACGCUUAACAGCUAAAACGUGUAUCAACACAUACAGCAUAUGAACAUAGUGAAAGAGCAUAAUAUGUCAACAGGUUGCGGAAGUGACGAGCUGCAGAACAACAACAGCUCAAGGAUUCCUGUGCAAGCAGCGUCAACGACUCCGACGACGCAGACAUCGACACACAAACGCUUUGCCUCCUCAGUGCAACAUAGGAAGAGCAACAGAACAGGCGUACGAAAAACUAAAAAAGUUUCCUGCGCGACACCCACAGCAACAACAACAAAAACGAUAACGGAAGUAGCCUCUAAAACGGGCAAGGCCAGAGACGUUGUCGGUAAUCGUCAUCGAAAAUCGCAAAAGCCAUCGCAAUCGCAAUCAAAAGAGAUGACAUCACGCGCGCGUCUCUGUGCCUGGCGGCUGAGCAUUUUCCUAUUGGGGGCAUGCUGCAUAGCCGGUGGCGUUUAUCUGCUGCGCAACUGGAUUGACAUGUUUACGCACAUGCGCGGCAAGGAAAUGGCACUCAGUCCCACAUCGCGAUCGUUUGAGGGCUGGAAAGUUUCGCCGCUGCCGCUCAACUUUGAUGUAUAUCUAUUCAAUUGGACAAAUCCGGAGGACCUUUACCAGGGCUCCCCAAGAAAGCCGCACUUUGUACAAUUGGGACCCUAUCGAUUUCGUGAAAAACCCGACAAGGUGGACAUUGAGUGGCACAAUCAAAACGCAUCAGUUUCAUUUCGCAAGAAAGCCUUUUUCUACUUUGAUGCUGCCGGCAGCAAUGGCACCCUGCAGGAUUUAAUCACUUCGGUCAACACAGUGGCACACGCUGGUGCCCGUCGUCUUUACCAAUUGCCCUCAAUCAUUCGUGCGAUAGCGUCAGCCACGCUGAGCUCAGCGCAGGAUGUCAGCGAAACACGAACAGCCGAGGAAUGGUUAUUCAAGGGCUUCGAACACUCUUUGGUCAAUCUGGGCUUGUUGCUCAAUCCCGCUGAUGUGCCAUAUGAUCGCGUAGGCUAUCAGUAUGGGCGCAAUGGCAGCUCCAGUUUCGAUGGCGACCUUAACAUAUUCACUGGCGCCGAUGACAUCAGCAAAAUGGGCCAAAUACACUCGUGGAACAAUUUAACGCAUACGGGCGCCUUUGAGGGUGCUUGUGGCAAAGUCAUGGGCUCAAUGGGUGAAUUCUUUCCGCCCAAUCUAAGCACCAAGGACAGCGUGUACCUCUUCUUGCCCAAAUUGUGCCGCGCCGUGCCGCUGGACUUUAAGGAGGAGAUCACAGUGCAUGGCGUCACCGCAUACAAAUUCAGUGGCACCAGACACGCCGUGGACAAUGGCACAAUGUAUCCGGAUACCAGUUGUCUCUGUGUGGAUGGCAAAUGUAUGCCGGCGGGUGUUAUCAACGUUGGCCACUGUGUUUUCAACACAUCUAUCUAUAUGUCAUAUCCACACUUUUAUCUGGCCGAUCCUAGCUAUCUGGCGGCGUUGGAUGGCCUACAGCCGGAUCCUGAGAAGCAUGAGUUCUACAUGGCACUGGAGCCGAACGCUGGCGUACCCAUGGAUGUGGGUGGUGGCUUCCAGGCCAAUUAUCUGAUGCAGCCGGUGCCAGGUGUUUCUCUCUAUGCACGCGUGCCACGGGUCCUACUGCCACUGAUGUGGGCCGAGGAGCGUGUGCGUGUCAGCAAAGAAAUCGCAGAGGACAUUGCUCUCGUGCCACUCAUUGUUAUGCUGGGUCAGAUCUUUACGGGCAUACUGCUUGCCGGCGGUCUAAUCUGCAUUUGCUGGUAUCCCACACGCCAAUUGACGCGACUCUGCCAUAGCGAUGAUCCCAAGGCCAAGGUCUCCGUAUUGCGUCCGCUAGCCACCUUUGGUGCCGCCACCAAUGUGACUGGUGCGACCCCAACAGUGCAGCAACUACUUCGUCAGAAUGCCAGCCACAAUCAGCGAGUUGUCGUCCGACUGUUGGACUAUGAGCGCAACUCGGGCAUUGAAGAUACCGAUGACGAGUACAGCGCUGGCAACACUUCCACAGAUCGGCUAAUCGAGAGUCGCUCAACAGAUGUGAUAACUAGUUAAUAUAUAUAUAUACAUCGUUGCAUCUUGCAUUUUCAUUCGUUGUUAUAUAUAUUGUACAAACAUAUAUGCAUAUAUACAUAAGGAGCCUUCGUCUCGCCAUUAAGACUCAAGAGGCUGUUCCCCCUAGCCGAGUUGCCUCAUUCACAUAGCGUUAUUACAUACAUAUUCACACACACACGCACACAUACACCACUCAUCCAUACAUAAACAAACACACACAAAUCAUGCUCACAUUCUUUCCUCAUCUCACUGCACCAGAAUUUAUAUGUGCGUGCCGGGAGUUUAGAGAGAGAGAUUGAUAAGAUUAUUUAUUUAUUAGUGCCAAAAACGAAAGAGAAGUGAAAGUCAUUAACUAAUUUAGUAAGUAAACUAAACAUCUUAAGAGUGAUUAUUCUAGGUCGAAAGCUAUCAAUCCCCUUGUUAACAUUAAAACUGCGCACAUCCAAAGUAUUUUUAUAUUAUACUAUAUUAUAUACAUGUA